AUGCAAGCAUGGGAGCUUUUGAAGGACAAGCUUCAAGAAAUUGAACCCGAGGCAAACAUCGCUGCAACGAAGAAGAAGAUUGAGCAUAUGCGAUCGGCUUUUAAGAGAGAGUACAAAAAGGUUAAAGAAUCAAAACGAACGGGAGCAGGAGCCAAUGAUGUCCAUGUUCCUAACCUUUGGUACUAUAAUUUGCUGCUGCCUAUCUUUAACAAGAAAGAUGAACAAUCGAGAUGCGGUGUGGACACGCUGUCCAGUGAUGAAGAAUCCAGAUCAUCAGAACAUGAGAAGGGCAGAAAAAAGUUAAAUACAUUGCAGAUAAAAAAAAAUUAA